GGCCCCUCUUGGCCUGCAGCCCUGCGAAGGAGCAGGUGCGGCAGGUGCUGGUGGCCUGUUGAGAAUCAAGAUCGAAUUUACCCAUCUUUUGUUUCCUGCAAAACCCCAGCGGUGCUUGUCUUCUUCCUCCAUGAUCCCCUCUACAAAUUCAACCAUUGUAAUAUUUCGGUCGUCCCAACCAUCUUGCUCCAGAUGCAGCAACUCUUUCCAUUUGUCUUAGGUUCAGGUACCUACCUACCUCGGCCCUCACCGCAAACAUGGUAGUCCCGACUCCCAGAAGCCCCAACACCCCAGCUUCCCCUCCAGAACCCCGCGCGUCACGCCGAGCCCCGCAAUGUCACUGAAAUGGCCGGUCUUCACGAAGCUCGUGGCAUCUCCAUGCAACUCGAGAAAGACGUAUCAAAUUGAAUCUGUGGUUACUGAGAUCGACCUCAUAAGUUAGUAUGCUACUUCCCAAAGUCUCUAGCUAUGGUCAUGGCCACGAAAUCAAGCUACCCAUCAACCAAGUCACCAUACCAUGAAGCUCAUCUCAGCAUUUUAGAGUUGAGCUCCGCGUCAGUCUAUUCGGUCCUAUCCGGAGCGACCAGAACAAGACCAGUCCGAUUCCAGAAAGUCACCAAAGAGAAGGAAAAAAACAGACUCCCCCACCUUUCCGGCGGGGCAAAUCGCAUUCGGGGAUUCAGGCACGCGGGGGGACCCUGACUAUCAAUCAUUGACGUGCUCGACUCGAUAUCUAGUGAGCCGCCGGCCCUGAAGCCGGACCUUGUGCACCAUUCGUCACGGCCAGCAACGAUAGCUUUUGCAGCAGAUCUCUACUAGCGAGUAGUGAAUCGAAGCUACAUGUCACCGAUUCUCUAUCGCAUUGGAAGCUAAAUCUCGGUUUCUAUCUAUAGAGCGCAGAAUACCACCUCCGAAAUGGCGGCCCCGCGCACAACCACAACCCGGCCGCUGUCCGCCGUCCUGCCGCCUCUGAUCCUCGGCACCGCGACCUUCAACUACCAAUACGUCUCGGACCCUUCGCGCAUGCCCUCCGUCGACAUCGUCUCCCGCUCCCUAUCACUCGGCGUAAACGCAUUCGACACUUCCCCAUACUACGGGCCCUCCGAGACCAUCCUCGGCGCCGCCCUACGCACCCUCUCACCGCCCCGCGACUCCUACUUCCUCGUCACAAAGGCUGGCCGCAUCGCCCCGACCGAGUUCGACUACUCCCCGGCCUGGAUCCGCGCUUCCGUCCUCCGCAGCCUCGAGCGUCUCAAUACCACCUACCUAGACCUGGUCUACACCCACGACGCAGAAUUCGUCACCCCCGACCAGGUCGUCGCCGCCGUCCGCGAGCUGCGUCGCCUCCGCGAUGAGGGUUUAGUCCGUUACGUCGGUAUCUGCGGCUAUCCCGUUCCCGUCCUCUGCGAGCUUGCCGAAAAGAUCCUUCGCGAAACGGGCGAACCCGUCGACGCUGUCCAAUCCUUUUCGCACUUUUGCAUCCAGAACGAUACUCUCGGCAGCGACGCCAUCCUCACACGAUUGAGAGAUGCCGGUGUCGGUGUCCUGACCAACGCGAGCAUGCUGAGCAUGGGUCUGCUCACCACCCGCGGCGUUGAUGAUGGGCCCAUGGCGAGCUGGCAUCCGGCUCCGAGUCCCCUGCGCAAGCUAUGCAAGAGCCUGGUCGGAAUCGCCGAGGGCGCGGGCGAAAAGAUGGAAGAGCUCGCUCUGUAUUGGGCCAUGGCGAAUUGGGCUCGCGUAGGAAGUGCCUUUGGCAGCGAGCUGUUGCCGCCCACGUAUAACGGCCCUGCCAAGGUUGGUGUCAGCGUCAUGGGUGUCACGUCCGUGUCGGAACUGGAAGAGACGUUCCUUGCCUGGCAGGGCAUGAUGAGCGAGCUUGCGGCCCAGAAUGACCAGUCAAAUCCCGCCGGUCCCCAAGCCAGUCGACUUGAUAAGAUUCAGCGUUUGGUCACGGAACAAAUGUGGCCGGCCUUGGGCGAAUGGCGGAAUUACAGCUGGGCCAGUCCUGGCGAAGAUUUCGUCAACCAACCUUCCGUCGCCGCCAUCGAUGCUGCCCUCCCUGCUGUCGCUCCCGCCGCCGCCGAGCCACACUUGUAACCCUGGGCAGGAACCCAUUUCUUUGCAAGCAAGCUGGGCACAGGAGGUCAAAUUUUCCAAAAAAUCAAGUAAGAAACGAG